UUAAGUCCAAAGGACUUCAGAAUUUACAAUGAUAUUUUGCUAUUGUUCCCAAUGUGAAAUUCGUUUUUUUGAUUCGUCGCAAUAGAAUCGAAAACUUAUCUGUUUUAAAUUGUUAAUUGAAUAAUGAUAUAAAUAGUAAUACUUGCUAUUUGGUAUAGUUAUUAUAGUUGAUAAGAACAAUCGUCAAUUGUAAUCUAGUCAUACGCACUCCUCGUUCUUUGUCUUUGGGAAUAUUGUACCAUGGUUUUCAUUGGUGAAUUUAUUGUGUCGACCGAGCGUUCUGACAAAAGGCUUAUUGGCAUGAAGAAAUAUGUGAUAAAUAUUUUCAGAGAGUGUGUAAAGUCAGUGUUGCCUAGAAAUAUUAUUAAAAAUACAUUAAAAUUUGAUUCAAAAACAUUGUAUGUAAAGGACACUAAGUUUUUUGUACCAAAAAACAUUUAUGUUGUUGGUUUUGGAAAAGCGGUUUUGGAAAUGGCAUUAGAAGUCGAAAAAGUAUUGAAUGGCACCCUGAAGAAGGCUGUAGUAAGUGUUCCGUUUGGUACCCGACGACAUAUAAACCAUUCGCAAGUAUGUAUUAUGGAAGCUGCUCAUAAUAACAUACCCGAUCAACAUUCAGUGGAAAACACAAAUUGCAUUAUAAAUACAAUAAAGAGUAUGGAGGAUGAUGAUAUAUUGAUUGUAUUAAUAUCUGGAGGAGGUUCAGCUUUGCUGUGUUCGCCAACUGUCCCUCUUUCUGACAAAAUUAUAACGACCAAAUUGUUGUCAUCGCAUAGUGCUACUAUUGAACAGUUGAACACUGUGAGAAAAGCACUAUCUCAUGUAAAAGGAGGGAAAUUAAUCAAUUUGGUUAAAAAAUCAACUGUAAUUUCUCUAAUUCUAUCGGAUAUUGUUGGUGACCCUUUAAGUGCAAUCGCCAGUGGACCUACAAUACCUAACAACGACUCACAUGAUCUACCAAUUGAGAUCAUCAAGCAUUUUAAUUUAUUGGAUAAAAUACCAUCGACUGUAUUAAAUGCUCUUGAACAAAAUAAACCUUUUAACUGUCUUAAUGUUGAAAGAGUCCAUAACUAUGUCAUAGGCAACAAUUCAGUUGCUUUACAAACAGGCAUAGAGUAUACCCAAAAAGACUAUACAUCUGUAUUAUUAACAAAAUCUCUUCAAGGAAAAGUAGCUCUGGUAUCAAAGUUUUAUUCUAAUCUUAUAAUAUUUGUCUGUCAUGUGUAUUUGGAUCCUAAAAAUAUUAACGAGGCAUUAAAAAAUGAAUUGAUAUUAAAUAUCAGCAAAGUGGAUAAAGAAAUAGAUAUUGAUAUGUUGACUCGUAAAGUUAUCGAAGCAUCAUCAAAUAAAAGUGGCCUAUGUAUAUUAAGUGGUGGUGAGCCUACGGUCAAGGUUCAAGGUAUUGGUUUGGGAGGAAGAAAUCAAGAAUUAGCAUUGAGAAUAUCUGUAAAUAUAGAACGACAUAGUGCCUUUUUGAAACAAUUUGAUAUUUUAUUCUUCAGUGGUGGUACAGAUGGCAUUGAUGGACCAACAGAUGCUUGUGGUGCAUUUGCUUAUCCAGGACUUGUGGAUACUGCUCGGUUCCAAGGCUUGAACCCUUCACAGUUUAUUGAGAAUAAUGACAGUUAUGGAUUUUAUUCAUUAUACAAUGAGGGUGAAGAUCUAUUUAAAAUUGGACAUACUGGUACAAACGUUAUGGAUUUACAUGUCUUAAUAAUCAAGCCAAAUUGAAAAUUCUGUAAAAAUAAUUUGCCUUAAAUUAUAAAAAUGUAAAGUUUAUUUAUACUUA